AUGGCUAACCAAGGGAUUGCGGAUGUGGUUAGGAAAUUAUUUGAAGUAGUACAAAACCUAGCUCAAGUUAGAAAUAACCCAGUGAUUGAUCCGGCUGGGGAAAUUUUUAAGAAGGUGGCCCAGAGUAAGCCUCCUCUGUACCAAGGGGAAGUUUACCCAAGUAUACUUGAGAAUUGGUUAAGGGAGUUCGAUAAUGUAAUAGUAGCUGUGAAUUUCCCACAAAACCUUAGGGUUAAUAGUGUUGUAUAUUACGUUAUGGGAGAAGCUGAUCUGUGGUGGCAAAGGUGUGAAGAGACCUUGAGAGCUACACCUAACUUUGGGUGGAAAUGGUUUAAGUUUGCCUUAAGAAAUAAGUUCUACCCACCUUACCUGAAAAAUAUGAAAUCCCAAGAGUUCAUUGAGCUGAGGAUGGAUGGGUUGUCUGUGACUGAUUACUAUUCUAAAUUCAUAGAGCUGUCUAGGUUUGAACCUGAAGAGGUGGCAACGAAAGAGCUCAGGGCUUAA